UUUUCUGGGCAUUGUCUCCGUAGAGAACUUUUUCGAGGCCGCCUAGAUGCAGUAGAUUGGCUCUUGCCUGAUCCUGACGUUGUCGCUGACCCGAGCCCCAGUUGGACACAGAUGAAUCUAUCUGCUCCUACUAUUUACCUGGCAAAAAUGCUUCCCUCAUUUUUCCUGGGUGAUCCACCAUCCUUUGACAUUUUAUCUACUCACCGGUCCUUGUUUACGGUCAAGUUUCCAUGUCAAAACCAAAAUGACGAAUCUCUGUGUAAACCUCAGAAGGUUCUGCUUUCUGCUCCUUCUGGGGCCCGUUUCUCCAGGCCUGGCCAUCUGAACCUUAUCAGCUUUAUGAGUCGCAGCCCGAUCUAUCUAUCGUGGUGUCAAGCGUCUUCCCCCAAGAGCGUAUUUAUAAGCUCGAUGCCUGAAACUACCUCUUUGCCGGAAACUAGCAAGGAAGUUUGCUCUCGUUCUCCACUACUUACAAGCGUCGAGGGCGAGUUAUCAUCGGCGCGGUUCGAAUCUGAGGUUGUGCUUCACCUGUCUUCACCAUGUCCCCGUACUCUCUGGAUGAUUUAUACCGCCUUGCUUCAGCGCAGAGCAGAGGGCGACUUAAUGGAACGCACCUUGUCCGAAGUCCUCUGUCAUAGUAGUUAUCAUGAUUCCCAGCAUCAGAUAGUGGACCUGGUACAUUCUCAGCCGUUUCGUCGGCAUCGUAACCUGCAUCAUCAGUGA